AUGGUUGCUACGAUGUCCGACACCCGUCGCUUAAUCUUCGCUCUUUGCUCCUUCAUUGCUGCCCAGAGCAACAUCGCUGCUUCGGCACUCGUCAAGGAGGGCAUUGCUGUGCCUCAGUCUUCCGCAGCCGGCAUUGGUGCUUGCCUCAAGAAAGCUGGUAUCGAGAACUCGGUACCCACCACUUCAACAUGGACGGUGGACACGGAAGCGUGGAACUCGCGUGUGAGCCCCAAGCCUUCGGCUGUCGCCUUCCCUAAGACGGAAGACGAAGUUUCUGCUGCUCUGAAGUGCGCUGCUGCCAACGGUGUCAAGGUGACGACUCUCGGUGGCAACCGGUCGUUUUCCAGUAUGGGCUUCGGUCGCAAUGACGGUGCUCUGAUCAUGAAUCUGAAGUACUUCAAGCACCUGGAGUACGAUGCCUCGACCCAGCUCCUAUCGUACGGCGGUCCCGUCAUGAUCUCGGAGGCUACCAACUACAUGUGGAACCAGUGUAAUCGUACGCUCCCCCAUGGUCGUUGCCCUGAUGUCGGUAUGACGGGUGUCGCCGCCUCGGGGUUCGGAACCUUCUCGCGUGCUAGCGGCACGGUGCUGGACAACCUCGUGUCCGUGCGAGUGGCUCUUGCUAACGGCACUAUCGUGAAUGCUGAUGCCAAGCACAACGCGCCGCUGUUUUGGGGUGUUCGUGGUGCCGCUAGCUCUUUGGGUGUAGUUCUUGACUUCAAGAUCAAGACCCUUGCACCUCCCUCGACACGGGUGACGAACUACACGAUCUCUUUCGGUGAGAGCUACGAGGCAACGCAGCAGGACAACGUUGAUGCUCUCAUUGGUACGCAGAAGUGGGCCUUGAGCAAAGACAACAACGACCUGUUGUCUAUUCGUUUCGGCAUCAAGAAGUCGUCUACUCUGCAGGGCUUCUUUUACGGUAGCAGUGCGGAGGCAGCAAAGGUCUUUGCGUCGCUCAAGAAGUAUCUGCCUACUGCAAUGAACGUGACCACGACUGAGAACGACUUCUGGGCUUCGGAAGAGAUUACGACGCCUGGCCUCGUGAAGCAGACGCUUACUCCUCGCCGUUACUUCUACAUUACAUCGGUGACGAUUCCGCGAAAGACCCCGCUUACCAAUGGUACGGCGUGGGAGCUGUUCUCCAACACCGCCUUUGCUCCUAAGCUACCGGACGCUUCUGCCUCGGGUUUUGUGGACAUUUGGGGAGGCAAGUUUGCCAAGACCGUUCGUUCCGGUGAUUCAGCCUGGAAGCACAACGACAACCUGCUCUUGGUUCGUUGGGACAUGCGUUCUUCGGCCUUUAACGUGCCGUUUGCGGAAACCUCGUUGGAUAACAUGCGCACCAACUUCUACAAGUUCGUGAACGCGUACAAGGCUUCGGGUGGCAAGCCGGGUGGGUUUACGACGUACCGUGACGAGAAGUGGACGAUGGCUGAGGUGGCCGAGUACUUGUACGGUGGCGGCAACUUUGCCAAGCUGCAGAAGGUCAAGACCGAGUACGACCCGAACGAGUUGUUCAACACGGACGCCCAGGCUAUUCGCGCUUUGAAGAAAAAGACCAAGUAG